AUGUCCAAGACUAUUAAAGCUCCAGCUGCCAAUAAAGUUCUUGUUGAAAAGAAAAAGAUCAAUAAGACUGAAGAAAAGACAUUCAGUUGCACUAUUGAUUUAACUAACUGUACUGAUUUCAUUGAACCAAAGAAACUUGUUACAUUCUUCAGACAAACCAUUAAGGUUCAAGGAAGAGCUGGCAACACCAAAGGAAUUGAAGUUAAAGUUGCUGAUAAGAAAGUUACUAUUACUACUUCCUCUGCUAAACUUUGCAAGAGAUAUAUGAAAUAUCUUAUGAAGAAAUAUCUUAAGAAGAACAAUCUUAGAGAAUGGUUAAGAGUUGUCUCUGAUAAGAAAGAUGGAUUCGAACUCAAAUUCUUCAAUGUCCAAAAUGAUGAAGAAGAAGUUGCUGAAGAAACUAACGCUCAAUAA